UGAAGCCAAGACUUGAGCCAGAAAGGAAUACACUAUCUGAACAACAACCACAGGAAUAUGUUUGACUUAACUUCCCUGUGGAAUUCAUCCCACCUGCCUACAGCCUUCAAGAAAACCUGCUCGAUCAAACUUCACAGCUUCUCUGUCUUCCCUGGUUUCCAUCUUCAGUGAUGGCUGAAUGGAGUUGGGUGGCCUACACAGUACUAGAAGUGUUUAUUGCUGUGGCCUGUUGCCUUGGCAAUGUGUUGGUGGUGUGUGCGGUGUGUAUUGGUAUCCGGGAUUCCCUCCGGGAGCCCACCUUCUGCUUCCUCGUUUCCCUGGCAGUGGCUGACUUCCUAGUUGGUGUGGCGGCUGUGCCCCUGGCUGUACUGUUGGAUGGCUGGGUGAGCGUGACCCCUGACCUGUGCCUACUCCUCAGCUGUGUCGUGCUCGUGCUGACUCAGGCCUCUGUGCUGUCACUGCUUGCUAUCGCCGUGGACCGGUACCUCCGGUUACAUACACCGCUUAGAUACAAAGUCCUGGCCACACAGAGGCGUACAUGGAUGGCCUUGUCUGUGUGCUGGACACUUUCCUGUCUACUCGGGUUCACCCCUCUAUUUGGCUGGCACAACUACUCCUCUCUUGCAUCUGAUUCCAACAAUAAAUCCUCCUCCCCUUCUGUCAUAUCUCCACCCUGCACCUUCCUCUCAGUUAUCUCCCUCCCCUUCAUGGUUUACUUCAACUUUCUGGGAUGUGUCAUGGCGCCCCUGCUGGUCAUGACACUCCUCUACACUCGAAUCUUCUGGAGCCUGCAGGGCCGUCUAAAAGAGAGCGGUCCCCAAGCCCAGGCUUCUCUGCUCAGGGAAAAGAGGCUGGCCUGCUCCCUGGCUCUGGUUCUCAUUUUGUUUGCCGGCUGCUGGAUUCCUCUGCACCUGAUGAACUGUCUGCUGCUGUUUCAGGGUCCUCAAGCUGUCACACAGGGGACACUCUAUACAGGUAUUCUCCUGUCUCAUGCCAACUCAGCAGUCAAUCCUGUGGUCUACGCUUGUCGCAUCCCAAAGAUCCAACAGGCCUACAACCAAAUAUGGAGGCGCUUCAUCGUGUGGCUGAACUGUUGCCAUGGGGACAAGCAAGUUUGCCGAUCAACAACAGGCAGCCGAGCCAAUCACACAGAGACGUGUGGAUCAGGAGGGAAGACCCUAACAAAGGACCACAGUCAUUUUAGGUCCAGUAUGCUUGAGGUUUGAGUUCAUGGGACUUUGUCAGGAGGUUUUAACCCACAGAACAGCUGACAAUCACUGCAUCCAACAAUCAUUUAAGGCUUUAUUACACAUAACCAACUGAGGAAAUAUAGGCAGCCAGGGAGUGUUUGAAUUUGUGUGUAGGAUUUGGUUUGAAUGAAACCCUGCAUUUGGUCGCCUACCCCUCGUCCGCAAACUUUAAGUCAAAGCUAUCUCCUGAGUUUCCAUUAGAGGGUGCUGU